CUCUGAGGGCGAGAAGGAGCCUAAAGAACAGCGCGGUGGGUCGCAAGCCCGUUAACUGGCAUUUCUUCGUCUGGAUCACACCUUACGAAGAAGGCCGGGUAUGGUGGGGUUAAAGGAGCCGGUGUUCCUACACCUGGUGCUCUUACUGCUGCUGCUGCCGGACUACUCCACAUCCGUGUUCUUGAACUUCAAGCAAGGCGUGGACUACAAGUACCGGAUCGACACAGAGUCCAAGUUGUCCAACGUGGAGAACCCCUUCCACCUUGGUGCUCAGGUGAGCUUCCAACACCUGCUGGACACAGACAAGGGACAGGAAUGUCUUCUUAAGGUGCACAGCAUAAUCUGGCGGCACGUCAACGACAGAGCUGUUGCAACAGAUCAGUACGACUUCUCGAAAUGGUUCUCCUUUGAGAUUUCUGGUCGUGGUGAGAUUUUUAACGUUUGGUACCCGCCAGACGAAAAGCCUGAAGUUAUCAACAUCAAGAAGGGCAUCGUCAGUUUCUUCGCAGGGAAACUACACCAUAACCAUGAGGUGGGCAAGGCGAAUGAUGACCGCUGGUCUUAUGUCACGAACGAGACAGGCCAUGAGGGUGACCACCUGGCCACGUACAGUGCCGAACCACACGAAGGUGGCAUCAAGUUCACCAAACAAAGGGAAGGUCAUCCUGCCUUUCAGCACAAGAGUGACACAAGACUGCACAAGGAGCUGUAUUUCAAAAAAGAUGGGGAAGUCCCACACCGUGUGCUGAUCAAGGAGAAAUUCUCCUCACCCAGGGAGAACCAACCUGGGUUCGAUGUUCAUGAAGGCAGCAGAGGAGGGAGCUUUGUCAAUGAGCCUGAGGAGAUGGAGAUCCCUGAGAUGUCCACGUCUGCAGAGUCAGAGUUCACUUUGAUUGGACUGAGCCACUCCAAACCUGCCCCACGGCCAGACGGACUCUACCAGGAUGCCAUCACUAUCUCACAGCAUAAACACAAGGUUCCCACUGGCCCUCGCUUGAACCUGACGGAGGUGAGGAAACCCAUCCAGCAGGACCUGACAUGUCUCAGGAAACUCAUCCUCAAACGAGGCUCCAGCAAGAAAGACAUCAUCCCAUGUUAUACACACCUGAGGGAGACUCUGGAACGCCUCACCAACGAAGACCUGGUCACUGUCGUCGACUUCUACUUCAACCAGAGCAGCAAAUAUGCUGCAAAACGUCUUGACAAGUAUCACCUGAUGGAUGCUGUGGCAGAUCAGCACACAGACUUCACAGACGACCUGGUCAUCGACUAUGUCCUGUUGGCUGAUGAACCAGACAAGGAACUGAUUGAGAGAGUCCUGGUGCACUAUGUGGGAAUAGACGAACCAAUACCACAUCGCUUUAUAAGGACACUUGAGAACCUGGCAUUCUUCCCAGAUGAGUAUGAUGAGGUUUACCUGAUAGCGAGUGUGAACCAGCGGUGUCUGCUGGUCCUAGGUGCCAUUGUGGAGAACAUGUUAAAACGUGGCCACCACGAGACGGCAGGGCGCGUCGUGGGGCGGAUGGAGGCAGACCUGGGCGUUCACGACCCAUGGGAGGAGCGACAGAAACGUUCCACCAUGUCCGAAGAGGAGUUGGAGUUCCAUGACUUUGAGCGGGUCACCCUCCUGGAGGCCCUGGGUAAUGCCGCCCAGCCAAGCUCGUUUGAACACCUGAUGUCGUACACUAACCAGACCAGCGCGCCACCGCUCCUCCGGAGGACAGGGCUUCACGCCAUGAGGGGCUAUCAUCAUCAGGAGGCGGCAGACCGUCUUCAGAAGUCAGCCAUGACAGACGAGAAUGAGCAGGUUCGUUACGAGGCUAACCUGUACUACCAGGCGCAUCCGUAUGGACAGCGGCUACCGCAUGAUCACCCGCACAUCGGACCAGAGUUUAAAAACGUGACCAGUCCAGCUCUACAAAAUCCCCUCCUACCCAUGAGGCAACGCACCAAGAGAGGAUUCUGGGAAGGCAUCAACUUCCAACUUCAGGCUCCUGGUGUGGACUGGAGGAAGAUUUUGGGAUCCACGUCAAUUGGAGCGUCAUUUGGUGUCAUCAUAAAAAAUGGCCUGGACUUGGCCAUAGCACCUUUGGAAGGAAGCAUGAAGAUUGAGAUUCACGAUGAAGUGUACGCGAGGGUGCAUCUGGGCGUUCUCGGCGUAAACCUCGACGUCUUUGUCGUACGACUGUGUUUCAUUGGCCACACCUGGUACAACCUGAACCUCCUUCAGGAGUUUGAAGUGGGGACAGUGACAGACAUCACCAGCAGGUUUGAUGAUGUGGUAGGGAAGAUCUUCGGUGCCAUCACCACAGGAGUGUCAGCUGUACAGAGCGUGGUCUCAGGAGAGACCGACAUCAUUGAGCUCUUCGAAGCACUGAAGUCAUCUCUGGAGGACCUCCCUCGCAGGGUGAUGAUGAUCAAGGAUGUUGUGGUGUAUGUGUUAGAUAUCCUGGGGAAGUACGACCCUAACGUGUGGCCCCCCACCAUCCGCCCCAUGGUCAGGGCUGUGCUGGGCAUCGUCAAUAAGAUCAACAAGAUCAGGAAUGACAUCAACACAUUCUACACUUUGGUGACAAUGACUGUCACUGUGGAUCUGCCAUGGGCAGCUGACCAAAUCUGGGACUCCGUUGUGACCUUGGUGGGUGCCCUUGAUGAUGUCUACUCAAACCCCAAAGGAGCCCUAGCUGAUAUCUUCAAGUGUAUUUUCAGGUUUGCCCAAGCAGCCUACACCCUUUUCCAAAGGAAGAACCAAUUGCAGGCAAUUGUGUAUCCCAAUGGACAUUUCCCUGACUGGUUCAACCUGGCGGAAAUGGUGAGGCAAGCCAAGCACAACCUGACCACAGCCAUGGCUGAAAGCAGAACAGAGAUGGAUGCUUGGAUGGCUCGGGCCAAGAAAGAUCCCAUUGCAGCUUAUAUUGGCAUGCCCGAGUCCAAGUUGAAGCAGAUCGUCAAAGUAGAACUUGAGCUGGCGAUGCAGCGGCUGCAUGACUCCAUGGACCCCAUGGAUGGUGUGGCGGAUGACUUCCGUGAUGACUACGACAGGGGCAUCACUCUCGUCACCGCCCUGAAAGAUGCCUACGUGGUGUUAGAUGAACACUAUAAGAAGGUGAAAGCGAUGUACGUGAGACUGUUCGGCGCCAGAGCCCACGUCAAGUUCCCUCGGAAGGUCAACUCUGCCAAGGGAGGGGGCUGUCCGGGCGGGUUCUACCCGACCACUCACAACGGGAAAUACUUCAACUGGGAGGGCAUCGACCUGGAGGCCUCUGCAUCCACAACGCUAUAUUCACCAUUUACUGGCAUGAUGAAGAAGAAUGUAACCGGUACAGUCACCAUCAACUGUACUGACUCCAACGCUCUGGGCAUGAUGGCCUUCAUCACAAAUAUAUCGCCCAACGCAACUCUGUUCGCUGAUCCAGAUGCCACGGAAGUAGAGGUAUUUGGAGGGCAGCCAAUUGGCACAGUAUUACCAUCGGGGUGCAACAACCACAUCCACUUUGCGGUGUACAGGACUGCUGUUCCACCUAAGUGGCUGCCUGGUGGAUGGAUGGAUGUCACCAAACUCCUGGAGCCGAGAGGCAUCGAACUUCCUGUGUGGACUCAGGACUGCGAUGACUACAAAGUUGUCUAUAAGUUUAAAACCCUUGCCAGUGGAUCAGUGGUGGGUCUGGCAGGUAGAAGCAAUCAGAACACCAGUCCCACCAGAACGGCCUCCCAACCAGACACCUCCAGCGUCAAGACCAUGUCAGCCAGGAGCGGCAAGAAGAGGAAGAAACGUGCACUUUUCAACGGGAAACAAAUUGGAAUGAAUCAGCAGCAGGGUAUGUCUCUCGUCAUGCCUGGUGUAAACGGCUCCGGACCGACAACGUUUCAGUUUGGGUCGACGACCAUCAAUGACCUGCUGACCGUCCUACAGGGCCUUGGGAUGAAUGACAGCUAUAAUGCCCUGAAUGAUGUUGCAGAUUCUUUGACACUGCUGCUGUUGAACAAGCCGUGCAAGCGUGCGGACACGAUGACGUUCGCACAGCUACAGAACGAGCUGGCGCUGCGGUACGAGGACUCCAACGGAACACGUGACGAGCUGGUCGCAAGGAUGAAAACGUCAAACGCUAACUAUUGUCCAUUCCUGACAAUGAAGAUGCCCCCGAACGUCUUCUGCACCUUCUCGGAUAUGUGUCUUGGGAUAUCCUGCUGUGUGGAGCUACAGAUGUGGAGGUUUUUCAAGACAGUGAAGGCUCACGCCACCUUCAACAUCUCCACCUUCACCUUCUCAUUUGGAAUAGAGACAGCUGGGAUUGAUCCAUUCUUAUAUGAGUAUCAGAUCAUAUCUGAAAAGUUCUGGGGUGAAACAAAAGAGAUAGAUACAGGAAUUGACCUGGACUUCACAGGAGAAAGUCCCAUGAGAUUAAAGAUGAGAAUCAUGAUGGAGUACUACAAGCCUGCCCUCUUCUACCUGACCUUCAGUGUGGGAACCUGCGGGGAUGAAUGUUUGCCAUUUUUUGUCCUUUUAAAUCGAGCGCCGAUACCUUUACCUACGCGCGGAGAAAACGGAACGGUUGUCUGGCCCUCGGUGAACAUGACGACCUUGGCCCAGAGUGCCAUGUCCUCUGCGCAGCUGGCGAAGGUCACGACCGAAGCACUGCACAUGCUCGGGCUGCCUAUUGACUUGAUACAGGGUAAACUCCAGUGUGCCCUGCCAAACCAACUCACAGAAGCCAAGCUCAAGUACAAGAUUGCAUCUUACGGACUGUCACUGAUUGGCAACAACACCGUGCUCACAAAACGAUUAAAGGAUCAUGAGAUGACUUGUAAGAAUGAGUCUGGGACUGCUUUAGCUAAGCUACCCUUGGUUCCCUGGAACAUGAUCAACUACACAUACUGUAGACUGGAGAGCACCUGUCUGGAUAUCCGAUGUUGUAUAGAGGUUGGGAUCCCCCUCCUGAACUGGACCUGGGUGUUCAACACUAAAGUACACCUGGACGUGUGUAACUAUGAAAUCGUGGUGGCAUUUGAGAGCCUGGAACAGAGACUGCUGUUCCUGAAUGACUUUGCAUGGGGUGUCAAGCAAAAUGUCAAACUGGCAGAGGGAGUCACCAUCGAGGUUACAGUGGCCAGAGACAACGUGAACUACACCAUAGAUGUGGGCGCUCGGAUCUGUUCCGACUACAAGUGCUACAAUACCAGAACUUUUAUUGAAAAGUACAAGGCACCAAUACCCGAGUGUGAUAUGGUGGAAAUAAAUGCUACAACUGUUCAGCGUUUCCUGACGUCUGCUGGAAGCCAGGUGCACCUGGACUUGGUGGAUGUCAUCAUCAAGAGUUUUGGGCUGAACGACAUCUUUGUACCUGCCGGCCAGACUGCCGAGAUGCCUGGCAGUAACACUAACAGUACCAGAAGACGUCGAGACACAAGUUCCUGUGAUUUAGCCCCAGACCUUUCCUACCUGCCUGAUGACACCACCUGCGAGGUGAACUCCGCCUGUAACGGCCUGGACUGUGUGGUGGACAUGAACCUGCUCAACUACACCACCGUGUCAGCUGGUCUCGCUGUCAGCUUCGACUACUGUAACCUACAGUUUAACAUCCACAUGGGGAACUGGAGUUAUACACUCACGCUCAUGACCUACACAUGGGGACAAGUGCAGGAGAAGAAGAUUGGAGAUGAACUCCAGCUGAAGUACUCCAUCAGGAAGAACAGCAGCCCUACUGUCUAUGUGGUGAACUUUGAGGCUAAACUCUGUAUCAACGUGACCUGCACAGAAACUGUUCAACUCCUCAACAACCUGGAAAUCCCUGAACCAGUCUGUAAUGCUAGUCUAACAGACACCCUGGGUGUUGACUCAGUUGAUGAGCUUGAGCAGUAUGUCCAGCAGAAUGGCCUGGCUGCUGGGGAUGUGCUGCCUCCCACGGCUAGGGAAACUCUGCUCAACACUCUCCAACUGACACACUUCUUUGAAGAGACCCCUUGUGUCAGACCCAGAGUACUGCAGGAGGGCUAUGCAGGAAGGGACAACUGCCCAGACAUGAACAACCCCACCCUGCCGGACGCCCUGGCCUGUACUGUCCAGUCUGACUGCCUGGGCGUGUCCUGUUGUGUGGACAUGGACCUCCAGCUGCUGACUCUGACCACCACAGCUGCAGUGGAACUGGACAUCUGUAACUUCACAUUGAACUUGAGGAUUGGAAAGCUCAACUUCCACCAAGUUCUGUUCCUCUAUCAAUGGGGAAGUGAAGUGACCAUCAACAUCAACCAAACAGUCGUCAUGACCUACAGCAUCAGACAGGACGACGCAGAGAACCGUUUCGCCAUCACACUGAAGCUCACGCUAUCCAUCGACGGCCAGGUGACAGCUGAGUACUACCUUCUGAGAAACAGUUUCAUGCCCAAGGUCACCUGCGACCCCAAUGCACCAAUGACGUCUCUCAGUGGGGAAGGUGAGCGAUCGAUAGCAGGGUUCAUCCAGGCCCUCAACAUCACAGGUGACACUGAGGUCGGAGACUAUGCCAUUCUGGGACUGCUGAGUUACAAUGGGAUAGCAGGGGUGUUUGACCUGACUACCAGCUACACUCCGCCUUCAGUAACUGGAGGUUUUGCAGAGAGCUGCUCCAGUGUGGCAUGGCCGCAGCCUCCACCUGGCCAUGAAUGUCAGCUGACCAGCAGCACCUGUACAGGCAUCACCUGUUACGGGCAGGUGGACCUGAACCUGGUGACCUUCAGCUCCAAAACCUGGAUCGACUUUGACCCCUGUAACUACGAGCUGACUGUAGGAGUCAGUAAUAAGGAGUAUGGCUUCUCUCUCCUGUACAAUUACACAUGGGGUGAACAAAAGACCGUUGAAUUUGGAACCGUCUUCGGACUGAACUAUGUCAUUGACAAAAACAAUGACAAUGAAACGUUUGUGCUGGAUUUCUCCUUAAGUAUCUGCAAGGCCUCAAACAUCUCCCACUGCACUGAGGUUGUGUUUCUGGAAGGAACAGAGGUGCCUCAGCCAUCCUGCUUUACACAAAACACCUGGGUACCAACCCAAGGAGGAGAGGCAAUGCAAGCUGCCGAUGCCGUGUUGUUUUUCCAAAAUGCUGCUGCCAUGUCCCCAGUCGUAUCCAAUGUAUUCCGCGAGGCAUCUAUGAGGUACAUGGGGCUGGUGGGAGUGUUUCCUGAAGGGGACACCUGUAGUAGCAACAGUUGGGGAUGGACUGGACGAGACUUGUGUGGAGACACUACCUUGCCCACUCUACAUGGUGACACCAGCUGUACAGUCAGUGAGGAGUGCUACAGGAUGGACUGCUGCAUGACCCUUGACCUCUGCUCCAUCCGGGAAGUCAGUCCCAGCUUCCAUGUGAACUUUGACCCCUGUACCUACAGCCUGUCUGUGGGAAUGGGAACAUGGACGUCUGACUUCAACUUGUACCAGUACACUUGGGGAGAGACAAAGACGUUGGCCAUUGGGACUUUGCUAACCUUCAACUACAAGAUUGAGAAGUCUGAUGAAGACAGUGCAUUCCUUAUGGACUUUGCCUUCCAACUGUCAUGUGAUGGAGCAACCACAACUACAAACAUUGCACUGAUGGAGGGAACCAAAGUACCGUACAAGACUGACUGUGAAGAUGUGGCACUACCAGACACUGUGGAGGCCUUCCUAGCCGAGCAGGGUGGCCAAGUGGAGAAGGCUGGACAGGACUACGUGAUGAGAGGCCUGGGAUUGGCUGACACCUUUGCUGGUCACAGCUGUACUCACCAAUCAGAAGGCUGGCAAGGACUAGAUGGUUAUCCAGAAAACCUCCAGCUGCCUACCCUGCCAGACUCUGUGAACUGUGACCUAAAUGAUGUGUGGAUUGGGGUCAGCUGCUGUAUGGACUUUAACCUCAAGGUUGCAACCUACAGUACAGCUGUCAUGUUGGCCUUUGACCCCUGCACCUUCACCUUGUCAGCCAGCUUAGGUGGCAACACAUUUACAGAACUGGACAUGUACAGGUAUACAUGGGGAACUGAGGAAAGCCUGACAGUUGGUAACGAGAUUCAACUGAACUACACCAUAAACUACAACAAAGACACACAGGAAUACAUCUUGAGUUUCUCAGUCACCACAUGUGUGGACUCCUGCACUGCCCCCCUCCCCAUUCUCUCACAAACCAGUAUCCCCCUUCCUGCCUGUAUGGAUCAAGUCAGUGUCCUUCCAGGAGCUGGCACCAUCCAGGAUUUGGUCACACAGUAUGGUGAUUUUCUUGGAGAUGCUGCUCUCCAGCCUGCCUACAGAUACUGGGGUCUCUUUGCUGACCUUUACCCUCAGGACACCUGCGUGGUCCCUGCAACAUCACCUUCAUGUGACCUUGACCUCAGCACGUUGAACCUCCCCGACACGUACCAGUACUCCCUCCACGACUCCUGUACUGGGAUUGAAACCUGCGUGGAAUGUGACCUUCAGGUUGUGCAGAGGUCAUCCAAGGUCGCUGUAGACUUUGAUGGUUGCGCCAUGACUAUGACCUUGACCUUUGCUACCCUGACCAAGGUUGUGAGGUUGUAUGAAGUUGCGUGGGACCAGGAACAAGUGUGGCUACUUGGAUCUCUGUACCAGAUCAAGUACACCAUUUCAAACGAUGUUGCAUCUGGCAACUACCAGAUUGACCUGGAGGUCGUGACCUGUCUUGACCCUGACAGCUGUCAGUCCUGUGGUCAAGUGAUGCAGAACUCUGUCUUCCCCAAACCAACCUGUGACUCAGACGAGAACUGUGAACUAGACCCAUCCAACCCAGGACAAACCUUCACAGCAUACCUGGGGAGUUUUCCGUCAGACGUAACAGCGGAAGCGGCCACCACGGGUCUGGAAAACGUGUUCCGUUGUCAGGGAGUGCCAGACAUGAUCAUGGAGUCAUGUAGUACCCCGCCCACGGACACGCCCACAUGUGACUGGAGCCCUGCGCUUAGUGAUGGCUGCUACUACACUGAUGGCUGUAGUGGGGUCACCUGUUGUGUUGACUUCAACUAUCAGAUCAUUAGCAAGGGUCUGGAUGUUCACUUUGACAUCAAUGAGUGCACCUACAGUAUAACAGUUCAGGUUGGUAGUGAGACCACCACCCAUCUCCUCUGGGACUUUGCUUGGGGCGAGGAACAGGCCCAGAGAAUUGGGAAAGCUUUCUACAUUAGGUACACAGUACAUGAUGAAGGCACCCACUACAGAGUGAGCUAUUUCAUAGCCCAGUGCCUGGAUGACAGGUGUGACAAUGGCUGGGACAUCCUGGACAGUGCUGUCAUUAACAAGAAAGGCUGUAACAACAGCUGUACUGAACUCCAGCUGCCAGGGGAUGGAAGCAUUUCUGGUUUCGCCACCAAUCUUGCUGGAGUGGACAAUGACUAUGCCCUACAGGCUGUCUACUGUAAACUUGGCAUUGAGAACUACUGGAACACAGAACCAAGUUCAGUUGAACCCACCGGUGUGUCUCCGGCUGAGUGUUCAGCAUCAUUUCCAGAUGUUCCUGGCUACAAGUGUGUGAUCCUUGAAGGCUGCCUUGGCUUUACCUGUACUGUAGAUGUUGACUUCAAGGUGAGGACUUGGCCUGUCAAGAUAGGAAUAUCCUAUGACCCAGCCACUUACAGGGUCAAUGCAACUUUUGGCAACACAGCUUUCGAGUACGACCCUUUCAUGUACCCAUGGGGGCAGGAAGAGGAGAAAACUUUCGGAGACAUCUUCACCUUCAAGUACAAAGUUGACUACCCAGCCAGUGGCAACUGUAGAGCCAUGAAGUUCAAGGUUGAACUGGAUGUCACUAUUGAUGGAGCCAGAGAACCCAACAUGCCGCUGUCCUUGGAACUAACAGCUUCAGAUCCAUUUGAUGAUGCACCAUACAUCCUGCCAGGAGAUGGGACCAUAGAAACCUUCCUGAACAUGACAGCACAAGAUGGGAACGACCUGGUACAACAUGCAGUGUACCGGUCCAUGGGCAUCUCUGAUAUGUUCUGUGCAGAGAGCUGUAGUCACAGUGUGCAGUCUGCCAUCCCUGACAGUUGUGUGGAGCAGGACUGGGACCUGCCAAGUGAGAUGGACAAUGUUACAUGUUCCUACACUGACCAGUGCCAUGGGGUUAGGUGCUGCAUUACUGUGGACUUCAAGGGUACUGAGAGGUCCUUCCAGACAUGGUUCCAUGUUGACUCCAGCGUGUAUGAGAUCUCAGUGGGCCUGGGGAGUCAUGAGUUCAAAGCCAGCGUCUUCACAUUCCCCUUCGGAACUGUACAGGAAGAAACUAUAGGUGACGUCUUCACACUCAGGUACAAUGUAAGUUACCUACCAGGCACUCAGCAGUACAGAGCCAACAUGGACGUCAGGUUUACUCUAACAGACAAGGACAGGCAGGACUUCGCUAUCCUGACUGAACAUGUCUUCCCAGAACUCGCAUUUGAUGCUGCUGUGCCAUACACACUGUCUGGGCAUGUAACUGAGCCUGUGGGGUUCUGGCCCCUGAGUGAGGAUGUAGGAGCUAUGGAUGUCACAAAUGGAGGAAACAAUGCCAUUCUACUCAACACCAGUCCUGCAGCAGGCCCUAGCGGAGAAGACGGCCAAUCUCUGGCCUUAGACGGCUCGUCACAAUCCUACAUCGACUUCCCUAACAAUGGGCGGUUGACCACCGAAGGCUCGUUGACAAUUCUCGCAAACAUAAACCCAAGCACGGCCAACGAAUUUGCCCCGAUACUCGACUACAGGGGUGGGGACAUGGGUGUUAACUCGUCUGGCAUCUCCUUGUGGCUUUUACGAGACGGAGUUCUGAGUGCAAAUUUGGAGAUACAGACGGAAGAUGGCGUAGAAAACGUGACGUUCCAGUCGGAAGCGGACUCGGUGAAGGCUGGGGAGUGGAACUCGGUUGGUGUGUCCUACGACAACGUCACCAUGACAGCGUACCUGUGGAAGGGUGGGGCAGUGGUUGGGGAGGUACAGACUCCGGACGGGAAGCUUGUCACAGAUGGUCCGGUCGUCCGGGCAGGCUAUGCUGCUCUGGAUGAUGGAACAGGUUUUGCCUUCAGUGGGAACCUGGCCUGUGUACAAGUCUGGAACAUUUCCCUGACUGGUCAACAAGUGGGAGAAGCCAUGAACUUCUGUCCUUACUCUGGGUCCUUUGCUAUUACAGCAUGGCCAGAGACAGUUUCAAACUUCCUACAAGAUGUCCAGUUUAACGCAACAAGUCCGAAUGCUGUGAAGGUCACCCAAGCAGUGUUCCGCCAUUUUGAACUGUACAGCUACCUUGACAAAUCAGAAUGCGACAGUGCAGCUCUAACUGUCACAAGCUGCCCUGACAUCCCAUUGGUUCAGAAUGAUGUUUUGCAUCUGACACCCACAGAGCAAUGCAAUGGCAUACGGGGCUGUAUCGCUCUUGACUUCAGGGUGAAGACGUACUCGUUUGAUGUGUCCUUCUACGUGGGCCAAACUGGGAACCAGCUUCACUACAGCAUCGGAGGACACGAGUUCUCUGUGGACCUGUUCUUACUCACUCCUGGGGAAGUGCACACUAGAACCCUGGGGAACAGUAUUGAGAUAAAGUGGUCAGCUAGCCCUGAGGAGCUUGGUACAGUGAUAGUGGUGAACUUUGACCUCUACUUCACCAUAGACAACCACCUGGUUAUCUACAAAAUCCUUGACAACGCCCGCCUACCCAACAAUGCAGUUGGGCAAUCCAACUCAGCAGCUGCUGUAAAAGCAAUGCUUGAGAAGGUGAAGUCCUUCCCGGCAUCCAUCCCUCAGGACCAGUAUGUCUCCUUCAUUGCCACUGAGCUGGGACUGAAUUCAAGUAUUAUCAGAGACCCUACCAUGUGGGGUACAGCACUGGUCCAACCAACCUUCACAACCACAUGUCCACUGAAAACCCUUGCUGAGGCCAUGUCAGAACAGACAAACGGAAUGGUCACAUGUAUUGCCCUGGAACACUGUGUGGGAAUAAAGUGUAAUGUCCAGUUGGAUCUGGAGGCUGUUGAACCUGAAAUACAGAUCUCCCUGAAGAUCCAACCCUGCCUACCAGAUGUGAGCAUGGACAUAGGAUUUGAAAAGGAGGACCGUGAAAUCAGCUUCAUCACUGACUACUACAUUGGAGAAGGACCACUGAGAACUAUAGACUUUGGGGACCACAUCAAGCUGCAGUACAGUGUUCUCCGUGGGCCUGACCAGACCUUCGUCACAAACUUCACUCUGCUGAUGUGUGUGAACAACAUCUGUGCUGUCAGGGUCCCCAUCCUGGACGGGGUCAGCAUCCCCAGGCCUCCAUACUGCACCCGCAGGAGACGAUCAAUACAAGUCUCUGAGGAGGGUAUGACGCUGUUGUGGACCUCUGGUUACAGACCAGCUACCAUCAACUCUGACGUCAAUGGCCUGGAGACUCAGGCACAGCAGUGUAUAGAGACUCUGGAUAGCAAAAUGCAAGGGAAAAGUUGCCCAGGUCUCCCACAGAUGUGGGAACAACACAAGCUGUGCCAGUCUCACAUCAACUGUCGUGGGAUCUCCUGCUGUGUCCACCUGGAUCCGGACAGCACCGACCUGAUGAGCCACGUCAGCCUGGACAUGGAGAACUGUGGCCGCCACCUGACCAUCCGUGUCGGCAAGUGGUCAUUCACCGAGACCAUACCGAAGGCGCACACAAGAUACCAGCAUGGUGAGAAGAUUGGGGAUGCGUUACAAGUGAUCUACUCGGCUAUCAACCCUGAUGACCACAGGGUGGUGGUGGACCUCAGACUGCGCGUGUGCGAUCAUGAAACAGCCGAGCAGCACUGUCAUGUCGUGGUCAUCCUUAAGGAGGCAGUCAUUCCCUUAUUUGGAUGCAGACAGGACCAGCUGACCGAUGACACUGCUGGUGCCUCCCACCUGAGGUACAAGAGAAGCACUGCAAAACGCUCUGGAAAGUCAGCAAAUCCAAGUCAGGGUUCCUGUCCAUCAGAGAGGUACCAGCAUGAACUGGAGCACAAGCUGCACACUGCGUACAGGAAACAGCAGGAGCGCAUUUCACGGGACGCAGGAGUGGUCAGCGCCCCCUAUCAUCAUCACCGCGUCAAGCGGCAGACAACGGCAAAUGAAGUAUUUGAAAUACCAGCAAUAAAUACGCCCUUCAUACUGCCUCUUCCCACCAACAUAACAGUCAUGAAAGGGUUGACAGCAACUCUAUCUUGUGAAACCCAGUCUACAACAACUGUAACAUUUCAGUGGGCCUUCAAUGGGCAACUGGUGGACACAUCAUUGUUUGGAUAUGAGCUAACACCAAAUGGAACUUUGAAGGUCAAGAAUGCACAGCCCACUAACGCUGGGACGUGGACAUGUAUGGCCACCAACCAGUACGGUACCACAACACGGGUACUGACCCUUAAUGUCGCGGAUGGUGUGAAGGACAUGACGCUUCUGGGGAUCCGGUUUGCACUGGACUUGAACAACAUUGAUCCGGUUGUGGCUGUCAAUCUAAUGGAAGAUCUGAAGAACCUGUAUUCUGCCAUGCUUGAGGAAGCGAUCGAUCUGAUGCUGAGUGGGGGAUCUGACAACGCCUUCUCCUCCUUCGAUAUCAAGUUACAAGGAUACUACAACUUCCCCAGGCAAAUCUCCAACUUCUUCAAGUACGAAAUUCACAUGCUGGUGGGCGGAAUUCUCCCCAUGAAAUUUGCAUUUGGUGCAGAUGGGUACAAAGGCAUGGACUGCACCAUAGGGGCCAGUCUGAUGAACAUGAAUGUGACAGGUGGAGUAACACCAUACAUUGGUAUCCGGGUGUGGGGCGAGCUGGCCGUGGGCGCGGUCCUGUACGGGAAACUGCGUCUGGAGGGAGACAUCAUGGAAGUUCGCUUCCCAACUGAAGCAGAAAUUGGAUUCAGCAAGUUCCCAUUCGACGUCGGCAUGAAGCUGGACCUGGAGUUGAUCCCAUUGAAGCUUAAACUGAUGGCCCUGGUCACAGUCGAGGUGAACCUGCUGGUGGGAACCAUCACAGAGACCCUGUUUAAAGCUGACCUGUGGAAGUACAGCACAGAGAAGAUCACCAUGCGCAUCCUGGAACUCAGCACUAAAGAACCGGACGACAGCCCUCCUGAGAUUGAGAGUGUCACUGCUGAUGGUUCAGGCAUACCAGCUCAGACCAAGCAGUGUAACGUGGACCAGGUUGUUGGCUAUGACUACACAGAGCCGGCCUUCAGGCUAGAGAUAGCAGCCAAUGAUGACAGGUCCCAGGCUAAGCUGAAGUACGACGUGGGCACCGUCCCAGGUGGUACAGAUGUGGUGUCACAGGAAGAGAUCGGUAACAGUCCUGUGGAGCUCAACAGGGCGCUGGUUCAUGGAGUUCCACUUCACUUCACCCUCCAUGCCUGUAACAAUGCUGGAGGCUGUUCCACCGCCACCUGCAGCCUGCCCACCUUAGACAACACCUUACCAAGCGGGAGAAUAGAUGUGGAGUACCUUUCCACCAGUAACCCUCAGAAACUGAGUGCUACAGCCAAACUGUUUGAUGACUCAGAGCUGACGGCACAGAGAGUGGGGCUGGGGCUGGGACACGGGGUGUGGGGGGAUCAGAUAACCCCAUGGCAGGAGUUCACUCUCACAAGGGAGACUACAACUCAAGGGGGUCUGGCUUCCUUCACACCUCCGAGAAUGGGUCGCCUUGCAGUUGAGCCCUUCAAGUCUAUCCCCGGUAACGGAGUGGCAACAUCAAGCCCCGAGUCCUGUGCUGCAGAAUGUCUGAAGUAUUUACCAACCCAGUGUAAAGGCUUCAACUUUGAUUAUGGGGAGUCCAAAGACUGCGAACUGAAUGGGGAAGCAGAGUCAAUGGCUGAAAAGGGUGGUGCUCGCAUAGAAGCUUCUGGUAGGAUGCAUUACUAUGAGCGGUUUGGAUAUGGCCACAAUGCGUACUUCCUCCACGACGGACUGUCACUGGAAGACAACAGCCUGUAUUUCUUCAAUGUGGAGUCUGACAACUUCAUAGGGUACACUGGUGAAAUAUCAUCAGCGGGCAUCCUGACCGAUUUCACCCACCCUGACCCUGGGUACUUGGGGACGAGCCCAGGUGAGGAGGAGCUGUUGUUUGACAGGUGUGAGGACCUGAUGCUGGAUGGCUGGGAGCAGAACAGGUGUGGGAGAGAGGCAGACAGGACAAACCUACCUCAGCACAGGGUAAUCCGUGAUGAUGUGGACGGUAGGACUGUGUUCAAUGGCAUGAGGCUGACAGUUGGAGGAUACUACACUAGAGCUAACACCUUCAUUGCAGCCAACUGGGAUGGGUUCCAUGAUGACAACACCGGACUGUAUGGGUACAGCUGGGCAGUUGGGCUGGAGCCCUGUGUGGACAUGAUCCACCCUCACAUCGACCCUCAUGCUCAUCUGUACGAUGCCAGUGAGUGGACUCACUCCGGGAGCAUCUUCCCCAUACCACCCAUACCUGGAUAUCCUGAUGGGAUCUUACUGGAUGACAAAUAUUACAUCACUGUUAGAGCCAUAAACAAUGUAGCCUUUGGUGGUGCCCUGAUCACCAGUGUGUGCCACACCUCAGCCUACGGUAUCGACAACACUCCUCCUGACUUCCACGAGAUCACGGAGGUCACCUUCACUGAAGAAGAGGAACUUUAUGUUGCUUACAAUGCAAGUGAUAAGCAGUCAGACAUCAGGGAGGCAGACAUCGGCCUGGGCUUGACCAAGUUUGAUGUUCUGGUGAUGAACUGGGUACGUCACAACUACACCGGCUCUCACGAGCACGGGAUAGCCGGGGACUGGACAGGAAAACUGACCACUGAGGAGGAAGGGGUGCCUUUCUGGCCAAAACUGAGGGUCAUUAAUGGAGUUGAUCUCAGAGGAAUGGGUGUGGCUGAAUCCCCAAUCGUCAUGGACAACACCCCGCCCACUGCUGGAGUGGUGAAUGACGGGAGCCAGUAUGGUAGAGACAUGAACUGGACUAUGGAGCAGAAUGAGGUUUGUGCCAACUGGAAGGACUUCUAUGACACUGAGUCUGGUAUCAGUAAGUACAUGUGGGGCGUGGGCAGCUUCCCAGGCGGGUAUGACCUGGUCAACCUGACCAAGUUCACCAGCAGGGUCCACCAGACCUGUAUGAACCUGGACCAGCCCCUGGUACACAACUCCAUGUACUACAACAUGCUGAUUGCCUACCACGGAGGGUUCAAGAAGCUGAGUGUUACUGUGGUUAGCAAUGGAGCCCGGGUAGACCUGACUCCACCUGUAGCUGGCUGGAUUGUGGACGGGACCAGUGAAGAGCUGGAUGCAAACGGUAUCCCCAUAGAUGAGGAGUUCACUUCAGAGCAGGCCAUCGUUGGUACAAUCUGGGGAGACUUUCUUGAUCCCGAGUCUGGCAUUGAUGAAUUCAUGGUGUCCGUAUACAGAAGGCAGAGGGAUAGUGAUGGUAACUAUGGAGCAGACCAUCUCAUCCAUGGCCCUGAUGACAUUGAUAAGGACGAGGGUUCGGUGGUGUUCUACCACUUCCACCUCCUCCACGCUGACAUUGUCACCACAAAGCUCACAGCUAUCAAUGUUGCUGGAGGUGUGACAGAGGCAGAGACAGACAGUUUCAUCGUGGACCUGACUCCUCCUGUGUUUGACUACCUGGUGGACAUCUGGGAUGGGGAUUCUGACCCUCCUGUUGACAGGGACUACCAGACAACCCAAAACUCCCUGUCUUCAAGUUGGAGCUACCAGGAUGAGGAGUCUGGACUGGACCACUACAAGUUAGCCAUCUUUGAGACCUUCCAUGGAACCAGGCAACAAAUUGUGCCAACUAAUGAUCCCUGGAAGCUGCUGUACCCGGCCUCCCUGUCCCGCCAUACGGAGACAGGACUGAGUCUGUCUGCUGGAGCCAUGUACCAGACCAGGGUCGGAGCUGUCAACAGAGCUACGCUGACUUCUGUCUACCAGACAGACGGUGAUGUCAUCGACCCAUCACCUCCUGCGAUGCAGUACCUGCGUGUGGGAGUACUGGAUGGCAGUGCAGAGGAGAAGAUAGAUGGUUUUGUGCGGCAGGCUGAUCCUAAUGGUAUCCAGGCCUCCUGGUUAGCUGUGGAUGGUGAGAGUGGGAUACAGGACUACUGGGUCUGUGUUGGUACAAGUGCUGGUGCUGACAACCUUCUACCAUUCACCAAUAUGGGCUCCGAGCGUGCAGGGUACAUCAAUGGCCUCACCCUCCCUCUCACGGACUGGAACACCAACGUUCCGGUCUAUUACGUCACCGCCAAGGCACGGAACGGCGCCGGUUCUUUCUCCACAACGAUCACGUCCUCGCCAAUAUUUGUCGUAGACGAGGACAGGGCAGGUUAUGUUACAGAUGGCCCAGAGGAGAACACUGACCUCGACUAUCAGAGGACCAAAAAUAUCCUCACUGGACACUUUGCAGGUUUUGAGAGCCAGUUGAAUGGUAUAGCUCACUACCUGUGGGCUGUGGGUACCUCCAGUGGUGAGGACGAUGUUCAACCCUUCCUGUCUGCUGGGAUCAUUCUUAAACCUGAGGACCAAGUCAGGGGUGGAGGAUUGGGAGGCAGUGGCAAAGCAAGAGCCAUCCUGUCCUUGGAUUGCGGAGUGACGUACUACCUGACAGUCCGUGCCAUCACUGGGUUUGGGAACAUCCUGGAGUCCUACUCAGAUGGAAUCCUCAUCGACUGCACUCCUCCAACUGUGGACAUCACCAGUGUUGGGAUUGUGCCUGUUGGUGAAGAUGCGAGCUUGGCACCUGGUACAAACCGUUACCAGCUGACGUCAGGUUUCAUCAGUGCAGCCUUUGAUGUCACCGAUGACGACUGUCCGGUCAGUUCCGGCUGGUACCAGUUUGGUACAACACCCUACGGCAGCGACACCCUGGCAGCGACACCCUUCAACCAUGCUUAUCGAAGUAACAAAGCUGGUGUUAGACCUGCAGCUCCAGGUAUCCCCAACAUCCUGACUGUGUAUGGCAGUAACGUGGCUGGACUGACCAACCGUGCCCAGAGUGGCAGUGUGGUAAUAGACAACACCCCUCCUGUGGUCGGCACUGUGAACUGUCCAUCCUACAUGUCUGCUGCAACUGAGCUCCAGUGCAGCUGGGAGUUCUUCCUGGAGUCAGAGAGUAACAUUGUGAGCUACGACUUCAAGAUUGGGACCAAGCAGGGUCUGGACGACACUUUUGCUGCAGUGUCCCUGGAUGGGUACAGAUCUGAGUACAGAGCUACAGGUCUAACUCUACAGGACCAGAGAUAUUACUUUGCUACAGUGACAGCCUAUAACAGUGUGGGUCUGAAGACUGACGCCUACUCUGGCAGCAUCAUCAUAGAUGCAACACCACCAGUCAGUGGAGUUGUAGUGGAAGUGUCUGGUCUCAACACCUUCAACUACAGUACUGGGAAUGUAGUCUACAACCCUGUGUCUGAAUGUACUACUGAAGAAGAAUGUGCGGCCCUUGAUGCUACCUGCCAACAGUCCACCACACAAGUGACUGCUGCCUGGACUCCCUUCAGUGAUCCAGACUCUUCCAUUGACAAGUAUGAGUAUGCUGUAGGCACCACCCCAGGAGGGGGUCAGCUGAGGGAGUACACAGAAGUACCCAGUGGGGUGUCCUCUCUCACUGUCAUGGGACUGGACCUGGCACAGGUUCAACAGGUCUUUGUGUCUAUCAAGGCCUACAACUUGGCCGGCCUGACCACAGUUGCCAUCUCCAAUGGUGUUUAUGUCAGUCUGUUCAGUGCUGGCCUCCCACCCAUGCGCCCAGCAGAGGUGUUCGAUGGACCUGUAGCUGGGAAAGAUCUUGACUAUCAGACAUCCCUAGAUGAGCUCCAGGCCAGUUGGGACUUCAGUGGAGACCCCUGUCCUAUUGUACAGUAUGAGUGGUCCAUCAGGAGAGUGGACGAAACGCUCAUCCAAGAUUUCACUGACACAAAAGUGAGAACUGAAAGUUCGAGAGAUGGUCUGGAGAUGACGGAUGGGGAAACCUACUACAGUGUGGUGAGAGCCACCAACGUGCUGGGUAACACAUGGACUGUACGGUCAGAUGGUAUCAUGGUACAGAGAGAGCCUCUUGUUCCCGGCGUCACCAGGGAUGGUAAGAUCAUUGGAUACGAUCUUACCUAUCAGGCGUCUGUCACUGAUAUCUGUGCCAACUGGGACAACUUUGGUGCCAGCACUACCGCUGUCAACAGUGAUCCCUCAGGUAACCCACAAGUAGAGCUGCCAGAGGAGCACCGUGCUAUUGACUAUUACGUCGUCUCCGUGGGAACGGACCGGUCAUCUUCCAGAACUCGCGACAACAUCGUCGCUCCAACCAACGUAGGUCUGAACAAGACUGUCUGUUUCUACCACCUGAACCUGGACCCAGGAGACUCGUACUACUACGUGAAUGUGCAGGCGUUCGGGAAAAACUUCGCUCCUGCUGAAGCAACAUCCAAUGGAAUCCGGGUUGGCUAUGAUAGCGGAGUUAUAGCUGGAAACAUCACUGUGUCCCCCUUCAUCAACUCCAACAACUCUGUGCUGGUGCUGUGGGAGGGGUUCCAGUCCAAACCCAACGUGUUCCCCACCUUCACCUCCGUGCUGGCCAUGAGGAUGUUCAUGAUCGGCAUCGGCCGUAGAACGGGCGUGCAGAAACGAUCAACAGCACACGAGGAUGCAGAGGAUCUCAACUGUAAAGACAUGAUUGAUGAGAACAGUGAGGUGUAUCAGACAAUGCUCCCUGAGAUCUUCACCGUGCUGCCGUGGACCAUGAUAGAGAAAGACACGUUCUACAAGGCACAAAACCUGACCUUUGAACAUGACGGGGACUACUUUGUGGUGGUGGUGGGAGUGGAUGAAGCUGGUGAGUGUGAAAAGACUAUGGACUAUUUUGAGGUUGACCUGACUGACCCUGUAGAGGGAUACCUGAGGGUGGGCCCACUGCUUGGACAGGAAAUGGUGUACUCCAGAACUGAUGAAAAGAUUGACGUGUUCUGGGGCAACUACUCGGACCCAGAGAGCGACAUCGACCACUACGAGGUGGGCCUGUUCAAGGCUGCGUCCUGUGCUGAGGAAGAUGAAGCUAACCUGGCUGUAGAAGUUGAUUGGAUCAUAGUAAACAACACCUACAGAUCCUACACACUUAUUCUAUUCUUCAAAAACUCACGUAACAUUCCAUACUACGUCCGCCUGAGAACCGUCAACACUGCUGGUACCACCAUCAUGACUGAGUCACCGCCAAUCAUCUACGAUACCUCGGAGAUCUCUGCAGGGACCGUUGUAGAUGGGUGGGACUACUUUGAGGACCAAGACUACCAUGGAGAUCCAACUUCAGUGCAAGGCAUGUUCCUGCAUCUUGCUGACCCGAGUGCCCAGGAGUGCCCCGAGAGACCCUCUCCCUUCACUGAUGGAACAUGGAACAAAGUCACCUCAGACAAACUGUUGGGCAUGUACACAUACACAGACAUGUACAGGAACUGGAAACUGACAACCAGGGAAAAGGAGGCUGAGUGGACUGAGAGCGGGGAUUCCCUGGUCAUCACGAUGAUACGUAGUGUCCAGACUGACCUCAUGUACUCAGGAUGUGUCUACAGGAAUGCUGACAUACAGAUUGGAGGCACUUACAAGGUUACCAUCAAGGCAGCCGACCGGACUGCCUCCGGAGUGACCAGUGUGGUGUUCUGGGACGGACCAGAUGGAACCUGUGGAAGCUCCGACAUGUGUGACUACUGCUGUAACAGUGAAGAUGAAUCGAUCCUCUGCCCAUGUGACUGUAGGAAGUACUCGACUGACCCCAUAACCACAACUCCAGCACCAACAACAACAGCACCUCCACAGAACACCACAGCACAGAACAGCACAGAGUACAGCACAGAGUUCUACACCGGCACAGCACCGACCACUACAGCUGCGCCACAGAGGCCCACACCAGUGUGGGCUGUCGUUCCUGACCCCAUCGAGGGGCAGACGUCGACUGUCAGUGAAGAAGAGAUGUUUGUCACUCAGAGUGCUUGUGGCAUGCUCAUUCUUCCUAAAGGAAGUACCGAAUCAAGGCUCAUUAUGUGGUGCACCUACUACGAAGACAAGUACGAGCCAAAAUACAAAGAAAUCUUCCUGAACUUUGACCCUUCAGCAGCAUUUUACAACUACGAGUUUGUUUUCACAAUGACAACAUGGGAAGAACUGUCUGACUGGAGUUUGAGUUUGUACAUUGAUGGACAGCAGUGGGCCAUGGUGUCUGGGCUUCCCUCCUUCACAAACAGCACCAAGCUCAUGCUCAAUGUCUUAAAUGAAGGCAACAAUGUGCCAGUGCUCGCCAACAAGUUCAAACCAGACGUGACUUCUGCAACAUUCCGUAACGUUGUAUUGCCACCAGCCAGUGAUAUUCCGUGCCGUUACGGCCGACCGUUCCGCGGGAACAUUGAUCCAAUCAUCAAGUACUAUGCUGGAAUCUUAGCUGAAGAUGUUGAGGAUGGUUCACGGAGCCAAGUUGUAGACUACCAAGAGAUCUACACCCCGUGCCUCCCAUGCCUGGACGACUGCAGCAGGUUUGCCUGUGACCCACAAUGCAACACCAGCAGUGAAAACGUGGAGGUCAGAUUCAGCCUGGAUAACCUCAACCUCACUGUGACUGACAAUGGGACUGCUAUACCCUACUUCCUCAUUGUCAAGGCACUCUCUGCCAGCGGAAGUGAAGUGAUAACUACGACCAGUGGCUUCACAAUAGACACGACUCCACCUAAUAUGGAAAGCUCUAUCCACGUUGAUGUGACACAGGGUGAACUGAUGCCGACAUCGUAUCAACAGUCCAACGAUACAAUCAAGGCAGUCUGGUACUUUUCUGAUGAAGAAAGUGGAAUAAAGGAGAACUGUUUUGCCAUUGGUUCCCGUCCCAAUGGGACCGAUCUUCAGAACUACACCUGUAUUGGCGUGAACACUACUGGACUGAACUCUGACCUGGAGGGUCUCAUAGAGAACAACCGCACAUACUUUGUAUCCAUCAAGGCUACUAAUAAAGCAGGGCUUUCUACGUAUGGCGUUACUGGGGGAGUGACUGCUCUCCUUGAACCCCCAUCUGCUAAUGUGAACACGAGUGCCCUAGGAUGCACACAGAUGGAAGGGGUUGUCCCACCAACUGCACUGCAGGCAUCGGACCCUACAGAAGUGGGAAUUUCAUAUGGACCACCUGAAGAUCCAAGCAUCAAUAAAACAAUGAUGUGUGUCCAAACCUGUGGAGAAGGAGGGGACACGGUUCCCUGUAUACAGAUUGGUCUGAAUGGUGGCGGCAGCGCUGCCAUCGUCAACGGACAACUCCUCGUCUCCAACACGGUGGUCGCCAACAUCUCGGACCUGCCAAAACCAACGGAUCCCAACUGCUUCACCCCCGACGACACCACAAACGACACCACGUCCACCUCUCUCUCCGACACAUCUGCUCAGAGAUCCAUGCAGGCAUACGUCAAUGCAAGGCCCACUAGUCCAAGCACUGCAUGCAGGACCAGCACAACUUCAUUAGGGGGCAACACGUACAACGUCCCGCCUGGAUCUUGCACCAUGAACUGCCUGAGAAUGUGUAACCCAGCUAACCUGUGUGUUGACAAGUGUGAUGGGCCAAUCGUAACUCUACCUGCUGGAGACACCAGUAUUUCUGCUACACCUGGACAGAGACUGAGGAUCACUGCAUCAGGUUCCAGCAACAGGAAACGAAGAUCUACACCAAGUGAUUAUGAACUCUCCAUAGAGCCAACUGGAGACCUUCCUGCUGGUUUGACCUUGGCCUUUGGAGAGCUGGACCAGAACCGUGUUUCUCAGGAGUACGGCUCUGAUGCCUCCGAUGACUACAUCCCUUACAUCACUGAUCCUGCACUCACCAUAGAAGCCAACAUGACAGGGAGAUACCUACGGGAUAGGAUCCAGACCCUCCUACAGCCCAGUUUCUAUCUGUCUACUGUGGGACAAGUCGAGCUGAAUGCUUCGCUUGCCGUCACGUCAACGGUGGACCCUGCUGCAGCCAACUGGACAGACUAUACCCCACUACUCAUCUUCUGGAACAAAGACCUGAGUGAAUGGGACGAUGCUUCUCGCACCUGUGAUGAAAAUGGUCAAAUGCAGUUCAACGAGACCACAGGAGAAUUGAUCACUUAUGUCUGCUCCACGAACUACCCAACAGCGCGCAGUCAGCGUACCAAGAGGUCUACAAACAUCGUUGUGGAUUACUUCAGCAGGGAGACACAGUUUGCUGUGGUCAUCGCCACCAAGGGAAUCCCUAAUGACCCUCCUGUCUUCACAUCAACACUGGACCUCUGGAUGGACGAAGAUUCAGGAACCCUGGCAUACUGGGUGCAGGCAUCAGACCCAGACAAUGAUGAGAUAGUGUUUGGUAUCAACCCCAGCUCUUCCCCAUCACUGGGUACUGCCACACUGUCAGCAGAAGGGCUUCUUACCUACAAACCCUUCUCACAGGAGUUUGGUAUGGAGACCAUCAGCAUCUACGUGAGGGAGGUACGGGAGGACAGCACCAUUAUUCCCAUCCUGGAGACAACUGCCGUGCUGAGCAUAGAAGUCCUGUCUGUGAACGACUACCCAGUGUUCUCUGUUGAGAUAGGCGGACAGAUGCUCGUGGUUCAAGAAAACAACACCAUUGAGGCACCCGUUGAGCAGAACAUUGAAACAAACAUUGUGUAUGAGCCGUACCAGAUCAUCGUGUCUGUGUGGGACCCUGAUAGGGAUGAGACUCUCCUGAUCGACCAGUACAACGCCACCUUUGGAACAGCUCACAUCACUCUUCUGCAACCAGACCCCUCUGAAAUUCCUGCUGAGGGCAGCUACAUCAAGGCUUUGGUGACGUAUGUGCCCAUAGAGAACUUCUAUGGCCAUGAUGAGUUUAUCCUGAUCGGCAUUGAUGCAGCAGGGGCGUUCUCAGAGCGCCUGAUCUUCGAUGUCUACAUUCUUCACAUGCCAUGUGUCAACAAUGCUACCUGCAAAGGAAUCGAGGAUGACUGGAACUGCACACACACCAAGCGUGCGGAUGGAUACGAUGGAUAUGAGUGUGAGUGCCUUCCCGGCUGGGUGGGGCGCUACUGUGAGACAGACUUCGACGAUUGUGUGUCCAGCCCUUGUCCAUGGCCAAAGGAGUGUCACGAUGAGCUUGAUUACUACAGGUGCGAGUGUCCAGACUGGAAUCCUAACUGUGACGGACUCCAGCCAUGGGAGAUUGCUCUCAUCGUCUGUUCUAUUCUGGCACUGGUCAUCGUUGGACUGAUCAUCUGGAGAGUGAAAUACCUGAGGAAACAUCGAUUCCAGAAACUGGACCUCCGUGUGGAGGAGGACGAGGCUAAGGAAGAGACAGCGGACACUUUGCCUGCUCCUCCUAAGAGACUGCCACCUAUAAAGAUGGAGGUCCCAGAUGAAGGAGGCUUUGUCAUGCAGCCCCCCAGACGUCCUGUCCUGCCACCCAUCGCCAAUCCACCUGUCCAGAUGAAGGUAGGAGGACCCAGCAAAUUCAGUCCCAGGCGCAACUCGGUAGAUCCCUUGCAAAGUGCUGUAGAAGCUGACGGGAUAACGAUGGCCAUGCCAGGUUCCUCAGGCACCUCCAAGGAUUCCUCUUCCCCGACUGACCGGUCUUCCCGCUCCAGCCGGAAUGGAAGCUGGGUGUCCAUGCAUGACGACCUUGCCGGCAAAAGGUCACCCAUACAGAGGUCUCUCUCCACUCCCUCCGACGACAGCCCGGGCGCAUCCUCUGCUGACCUGCAGAACCGCAGUAGUGGGAGCUCGCCAGCUCGUAAGAUGUCAGCAGGGAGUCGGCGCUCCAGCAAGGCCAUGCUGAUUAUUCAUGAAGACGAGAACGGGCCGCGCAAGUCUGAGAGUGACAGCCAGAAGAGUUCGGCUUCACGCAAAUCUUCUGCAGGUUCGAUGAGUGAGAGCAGGCAGAGUUCUGCGUCACGCAGGUCUUCUGAAGGUGCACUAAAGAGUGCGAGCAGGAAGAGUUCUGCUGCACGGAUGUCCGUUGCCAGUCUGCAGUACACCAACCCUGCGUAUGAAGGCGAUGAGGAGCCUCUGGUGGGCCUACCUGGUGCCACUGCUGAAGACACAGGGUCUAACAAGAGCAGCCCACCACCCCCAGCAGAAGACAUGAGGGUGGAGAGUGCCAUGAGUGAGGUGUCCCUGCAUACCCCAAGGGGAGCCUCCCCAGUGGCCCAAGACAAUGGUGGCAGGCAAUCUGCUAUGAGUGACAGGCAAUCUGCUAUGAGUGACAGGCAAUCUGCUAUGAGUGACAGGCCCAUGUCACCUGAUGACAUGGAGAAAGGAACUGUCGGCGUUGAUACAUAUGAAGACGAAGUGUUCGAGGAGGAUUCCGAAACCGAGUUGUAAAGAGACAAAGGGUUGGGAAAAAGAGAUUAGGGGAUGGACACCAGCCACAUGACAAGCCCAUUUGCUGUUCCGGAGUCUAAAAUUGCCCGACUUCCCCUCUCACCAGGACACAGUGGGGCCAGCACCCCUAAAUCUUACAAGUGGUAAAGCAGUUGGUAGAACUGGGUCUGUGAAGAAACAUAUCAUCUGUACAUGUAGAUCUUCAAUUAUGAUACAACGAUGUCCAAUUUUUAGAAAUGUCAAAUGGUUACCUUUAACAACAUGCUAAGGUAUCGGUUUGGUACCAAAUCUUACUGGCAAAAGAGAUUAGACAGCAAGAAUGGGUUAAGGUUUGAGUGUUAUCCAGAGUACUUCAAGAAUGUUUUGAAAGUUUGCACCAUAUUUUAAGUGCUGUAAGCAACUCAUUUUCUAUUCAGAAUUUGAAUCAUCUGAACGGAUAGAUAUCAAGAUUACUGUAGUUUCACUCACAUAUUGUCUUGAAACUCAAAAACUUUUCUCAAACUUAAUGUAUGACAUAAAGGUAUGCAUUUAAUGUGUGUUUUGCAAGAAAUUAUAUUUUUCCAAAGUAUGCAGUGAAUUUGUAUCUAAACAAUACAGAAAUAUGCCAGACAGAAGGUGAUGACUCACUUAGCCACACUCAAUGUUAUAACCUGAGAUUAUAUUCUGUAUCAGGGAGUGAUCUAUGAUAACACCAUUGUGCUGCUA